AUUUUUUUUUUGUCAAUUUCACUGUGUUUUUUAUGAGGUUUUGGUUGAUUGUGAGAUGGAUUGCUAGCUCAUUUAUUGCCUUUCUGUGUUGUGAGUUUACUUCGAGUAUUUUUGGUAUUGGUGUUUUAAUGUGAUUUGAUUCAUCUUGAGCCGACUUCAGUGAUGGGAGUUGUUUUGGGGUGGUUGGUAUUGGUUUUUUUUUUUUCCGGUGGAAAUUAUGGUUUUGAUGUGUUGAACUUGAUGAUCAUCUCUACCAGCGAUGGAGUUUUGAUGGUUUAUGCUAGUGACUUCUGCAGAUUUUAGUUUCUAGGGUGUUUGUAUGGAUGUUAUUUGGUUUUGAGCUAAUUGUAACUGAUUGAAUUGGAUUGUGUAGUGUGAUUGAUUUAUAGGAUCGUGUCUUUGUUUAUGUUGCUUUUUUUCCUCCAGUUUUCUUUGAUAAUUCUUUCUCAAGUGUUUAUGUGAAUAUUAUCAUCUGAACAAUUUUUCUUUCUUAAUUCCUUAUGAUAUUUUAUGCGGUUUCCAACACAUGUUGAAUUAAAUUGAUGAGAUGUUGAGACUGACUGUUUCCAUUCCAAUCAUAUCAUGUCCUUUAGUAAUGUAUUUAGUUGCAUACGCUUUACAGCUCCUGGAAAGUAGGCUUUAUAUUUUUUGAAAUGCUGUGGGUUAACAGCUUUGGUGACUGGAAUGAAUGUCAAUGUUUUGGAUUUGUUCUUUUUCUUCUCAGAGGUGCCAGAAUCAAAUUUCAUUCCUGGUGUCUUCUAUUGGUUCCACAGCGGGAAACAUUUAAAUUUGUGUCUGGUGUUUGUGUUGCUGGCGCUGCACUGGUUUCAUUCUCUGCAUUUGUCACUCAGUGAUAAGGUUUCUUCUGUAAGGGAAAUGAUUAGAAAUCCAGCAUCUCAGCAAGCAUCACCACUGAGUUCUGGUAAUGGGAGUGUUGGGCACUUGGUUUCAUCAUCUUCUAGAUUUACAAAUGAUAUGAGUGUUUCAGCAGUUUCACCACAAGGAAAGCAGUCUCAUAAUUCUCCAUUCAUUUCUCAGUCACUAAGGGACGGAGGAAAUUUUCCACCAACCCAUUAUUCUCAUUCAGAAGGGCUAUCCACAGCAUUCAUUAAUCACUCUGAUGACAACAAGGAUCUCUCCUGGGCUAUAGAUCCACUUCAGGACUUCCUUAAUUUCGUUGAAAAUGUCCCUGUCCAGAAUGGUCAGGUGGAAAGCACUGCUGGUGUCAUUGCCUCGGAGGAUCAUGCAAAGAGAACAGACUGGCAAGAGUGGGCAGAUCAGUUGAUCUCUGUUGAUGAUGAACUGGAACCAAAUUGGAGUGAAAUUCUGAAUGAUGUCAACAUGAAAGAUUCCAAACAGAAGAUGUCGAGGCCGUCUCCUAAUAACUCAGUUCAACAACCCCUAAUUCAUCAGCAUCAAACUCCUCAUAGUGGAGAAGUAUGUGCUGUUACUAAUCCACUGUUGGUUGCACCACCAACAAAAUCUCGAAUGCGCUGGACACCAGAACUUCAUGAGGCUUUUGUGGAAGCUGUCAAUCAGCUUGGGGGUAGUGAAAGGGCUACUCCCAAGGGUGUCUUAAAGCAGAUGAAUGUCGAAGGCUUGACUAUCUAUCACGUCAAAAGCCACCUCCAGAAGUACAGAACAGCCAGAUAUAAACCAGAGUCAUCUGAAGGAACUUCAGAAAAAAAGUUGAGUCCUGUUGAAGAAAUGAAAUCUCUAGACUUGAAGACGAGUAUGGGGAUCUCAGAAGCUUUGCGUUUGCAAAUGGAAGUCCAGAAGCAACUCCACGAACAACUUGAGAUCCAGAGAAAUUUACAAUUGAGGAUUGAGGAACAGGGGAGGCAUCUUCAAGAGAUGUUUGAGAAACAAAAAAAGAUGGAGGGUGACAAGUCAAAGGCUCCUCCCCCCUCCCAAAACGACCCUUCCCUUCUACAAUCAAAGUUAGAGCAGUCACCUGCAAAUGACAAAUUAGAAGCCUCAGAUCUGGACUGUGUCAAAACAAGGUUUGAUACAAGUAAUGCAAGUGCCUUACUAGAAGAAAGCUCCCAGAGUAUAAGCAGAAAGCAAAAGGCACCAGAGGACAGAAACUGUCAGGUUGUAGACACAAAUGGAGAGAAGACCAGUUUAGCACUAGUGAAACGACCAAGAACAGAUGAAACAACAGCAUUGACAGCGGAGCCUGCAUCCAAUUGAACAUGUUUACUGCAAUAGACAGUUUGCUGCUCCUGGAGAUGAUGCAGUAAGCCUUCACAGGAGUUACAUGUCCCAUGAGAUGAUGCAGGGUCACUGAAGACCAGGAAAGUUUGGAGCUCAAGUUAUGUUUUCUUUGGGGUAAACAUUUAUGGUUAUGGCAUAUGUUAACACUGUCCGUCUAGCAAAGAAUCAAACUCUCCACAGCGAAUUUCCUACUGUGACAUUUUUCAGUUUAGGGGAUAACAGUAUAUGCUAGUGUUGUGGACCUCUUACUUCUGUUCUCAUGCAAUCUUAGUUAUUGAAAGAAUUUGUAGCGUACAAUGAAACAGUAAUUCAAGUAAACUGGUGUUGUAUCAAUUCAGUUUAGGGGAUGACGGUAAAUGCAAUUGUUUCAACAUGCCAAUCA